GCGCAGGCGCGUUCCGGGGGCUCCCGCUUCUCCUCCGAGCGCAGAGAGCCGGGCCGGACAGGCGCGCGCGCGCGCGGUGCAGAUAGGGCGCGCGCCGGACGCGGGCCGCUCGAGGGGUCUGGCGGGGCGGCUGGGGCAGCUGGACCAGAGGGCUGACGAGCCGGCGCCGAGAUGGCCGAAGGCAGCGCUGUAUCCGACCCACAGCAUGCCGCGCGUCUGCUGCGAGCGCUCAGCUCUUUCCGCGAGGAGUCCCGCUUUUGCGACGCGCACCUAGUCCUCGACGGGGAGGAGAUCCCCGUGCAGAAGAACAUCCUGGCGGCGGCUAGCCCAUACAUCAGGACAAAGUUAAACUAUAAUCCUCCAAAAGAUGAUGGAUCAACCUAUAAGAUUGAACUUGAAGGGAUAUCGGUAAUGGUUAUGAGAGAGAUCCUGGAUUACAUCUUCAGUGGGCAGAUCCGGCUGAACGAAGAUACAAUCCAAGAUGUUGUACAGGCAGCGGACCUGCUCCUGCUGACAGAUCUUAAAACUCUGUGCUGUGAAUUUUUGGAAGGCUGCAUCGCGGCCGAGAACUGCAUUGGCAUUCGCGACUUUGCCCUCCAUUACUGCCUGCACCACGUCCAUUACCUAGCCACGGAGUACCUGGAGACUCAUUUCCGAGACGUCAGCAGCACAGAAGAAUUCUUAGAACUCAGUCCUCAGAAGCUUAAAGAAGUGAUUUCUCUCGAGAAGUUAAAUGUCGGCAACGAAAGAUAUGUGUUUGAAGCAGUAAUUCGCUGGAUAGCACAUGAUACAGAACUAAGAAAGGUCCACAUGAAGGACGUGAUGUCAGCACUGUGGGUUUCAGGGUUAGACUCCAGCUACUUACGGGAACAGAUGCUCAAUGAACCGUUAGUACGAGAAAUUGUCAGAGAGUGCAACAACAUACCGCUGAGCCAGCCACAGCAAGGGGAGGCCAUGCUCGCAAACUUCAAGCCCCGGGGCUACUCGGAGUGCAUUGUGACUGUUGGCGGAGAAGAAAGAGUUUCACGGAAACCAACAGCAGCGAUGCGAUGUAUGUGCCCUCUUUAUGACCCUAAUAGGCAGCUUUGGAUUGAACUGGCCCCUUUAAGCAUGCCAAGAAUUAACCACGGAGUUCUCUCAGCAGAGGGAUUCUUGUUCGUGUUUGGGGGCCAAGAUGAAAAUAAGCAGACCCUGAGCUCAGGAGAAAAAUACGACCCAGAUGCAAACACAUGGACGGCAUUGCCACCAAUGAAUGAGCCACGACAUAAUUUUGGAAUUGUGGAGAUAGAUGGAAUGCUGUACAUUUUAGGAGGAGAGGAUGGUGAAAAAGAGCUAAUUUCCAUGGAGUGUUAUGACAUUUAUUCUAAAACCUGGACGAAGCAACCUGAUUUGACCAUGGUUAGAAAGAUCGGCUGCUAUGCAGCCAUGAAAAAGAAAAUCUAUGCCAUGGGGGGAGGAUCGUACGGGAAACUCUUCGAAUCUGUGGAGUGUUACGACCCAAGGACCCAGCAGUGGACCGCUAUCUGUCCGCUAAAGGAGAGAAGAUUUGGAGCCGUGGCCUGUGGCGUGGCCAUGGAGCUGUACGUGUUUGGGGGAGUCCGAAGUCGUGAGGACAUCCAGGGGAGUGAGAUGGUCACUUGCAAGUCUGAAUUCUACCACGACGAGUUUAAAAGGUGGAUCUAUCUUAACGACCAGAACUUAUGCAUCCCCGCCAGUUCCUCUUUUGUUUAUGGAGCUGUACCCAUAGGAGCCAGUAUUUAUGUUAUCGGAGAUCUUGAUACAGGUACGAAUUACGACUACGUGCGUGAGUUUAAAAGAAGCACAGGAACCUGGCACCACACGAAACCACUCCUUCCGUCUGACCUUCGCCGCACUGGGUGUGCAGCCUUACGCAUUGCAAACUGCAAGCUUUUCCGCCUGCAGCUCCAGCAGGGCUUAUUCCGUAUCCGUGUUCAUUCACCUUGAAGAGGAGGCAGAGCAGAAGCAGAGCUCCUGACCAAGCACACCAUAACACGGCUUUCUGUGAGGGGAACAGAGGUGGCAGCCAAAACUUGCUCUGUGUGCCCGGCUUUGUAUGGUAACUCUGGUGGUCUUACUGUAAUGCUUAGAAGCCUGAGCUUCAGCUCUCGUUUGGGAGAACCUGUAACUGUUGAAAGGGAGGAAUCUGUUCCUCCAGGGAGACGUGUCUGCAGACAGACGGAGGCUAGUCCAUGUCAAAGGGGGAAGGGAAGUGGGAAUCGGUAUCAUGUAAAAUAUUGAAGUUAAAAUCCUAAGGUGCAUCUUCCCUGAAGGGAACGCAUGUCUGAGUGACUGCUGUGUUCAAGUACCUGGCUUUGGUCAACAAACAAAAAUCCGUAUAUGCAAAUCCACAUAUCCAGACAUACCAAGAUUGCUUUUCUGCUACACUUGGAAGGAAAUAUCAUGCCCAACCCUGCCCGGCAAAUAAGGUUUGUGCCUAACAUGUUAGAUUGGACUGUAUGCCAGUUAGUGUCCAUUUGCUACUAGUACUGUGUCUGAAGAAUCUUUUUUAAACUAUAUUAUCAUGAAUUGAAACUAAGAUAAAAUUUCUCUUUUAUGACAUUCUAUCUUAGUCAUCUAAAGGUUCAAUAAAUCCAUGAGUCAGGUUGCAGCCCUCGUGUGAAUUGAAGGGAAGUUGCUAACUUCUGUGUUGAUUCAGAUACAUCAUGCCAUGAUUUCUGGGAUUGUGAAGGCUCUCAUGCGGUGCCAUUCCUCCUUGCAAAUAAUCAGAACCAUUUUAUAAGCACGAGGUUAUGAAGCAGAGUAGAUUUUCUAGAAGAAAGACCUACGUCAGACAAAUCAUAAAGGUCUGCCAUGACU